GAGGCGAGGCGAGGAAGAAGAGGAGGGGAAAACAUAGGGAGAGGGGAGAAGAAGAGGCAAAAACCCUAGCCCUAAAUUCUCUUCUCAAAGAUGGAACCAGACGUGGGGGCGGAAGACGCGGCGGCGGAUGCCUCCACCGGCGGUGGGUCUCGUCGGGGAUCCGUUCCCGGCGGUUCGGCCGCAGCAGCCUCUCGCGCCGCGCCUCCUGCUUCGCCGACGUCAGCGGCGGCGGCAACCACCCUCGGCGCGUCACCCGCUGCGGCUCCGCCGACGGGGCCAGCAAGCUCCCCCGCCGCGUCUCCUGCUUUGCAGACGUCAGCGGCGGCGGCAGCCUCCCUCGUCGUCGUCGAGCCUCCUGCUUCGCCGACGUCAGCGGCGGCAACCAUCCUCGGCGCUUCACCCGCUCCUGCUCUGCCGACGUCGCCAGAAACCUCCAUCCCCGCGCCUCCGCCUCCGCCUUCGCUGGUGAAAGUUUUAGAUAUGGACCGUGCCAAAACUCUGAUAAAAGAGCAAGACUGGGAUGCGGUUGAAGGAUAUAUAUGGAGUAUUCUUUGUGAUAAUCAAGAGCACUGUGUCGAUGACUUUGCUAGACUUCAUCCUGCGUUAUAUCUCAUGUUUCGUGAAGAGAAACUGUUUCAGCUAUUGGCAGAAAACAAGAUUGAUGAAGCUCAUAUCUUCUACCAACACUCAAUCGUUUCACUUGAGGACAGAGAUGGAAUUUUCUUACCUGUUGAUCUCGGUGUUAGGAUAAAAAAUUUGGACCCAUCUAAUUCUUCGUCGGUUCCUAUUAGAAGAAGCACGCAAGAAGAGCUCUCGCGCUAUGUGAAACUUUACUUUCCAAAAUCAAUUGGACGGGAGGAAUACACUACGUGUGAGCAAUUCGUGGAGAAACAUCAGCUGCAGAACAUUUCAUCUGAAAAAGAUUGCAUGAUUUGCCUUGCUUGCGGGUGGGAAGUUUUGGGUAUGUGGAAGAUGAGACCUCACUUCGUAUACGCACACCAUGUUAAGCACUGUUCAGGGGUGACUCAAGAUCUGUUGAAUAGAUUGAAAAAUAUUGAUGGUAAGCCUAUUCUAGAUUUUACUCAGUUGGUUGGCAAGUUUGAAAUGACAGCAUCUUCUAUGUCAAGCAAAUAUUCAUCAGCAACCAAGAAACUCAAAAGGAAGAAAACUGAUAUGGUUGCAUGUAGGUCUGGUUCGAAACGAUCUAGGGGAAAGAGAAGUGAAGAAAAAUCAGAGUUUUGUGAUGAAUUUGUUUUGGAGAAAGCUAAGCUAAUUCACGGUUUUUGUGUUGAUCUUGCCAACUUAAUGAAAACAUACGUUCCUGGGGAAGUACAUGUGUGUUAUAAGAAGAUUUUGGAUAUUCAGCUGGUUGCAUCUUCAUUGGAGUCUAACAUAAACCAAAUGAAGUUAAAAGAUGUUUUUGGGAGUAGUAAUGAGGACCUCUUUGGUGAUGACUUUGAUGAUGUUAUGCUCAAAAAGCUUUCUGAACUGUACAAGCUCUGUAUUGACCUAGGUAAGUUCACGAAGACAAGUGGUGUGAGGGAGGACUUGGCUCAUUUUGAGGAGGUACUUUUGAGGAUUGAGUCUGAAGUGGGAUGUACUUUGAGGGUCGCUGGGUUGAAGAGGGCCAUCUGGCUUUGAGGGUCUUGGGGAGCACAACCAUCAGGGGGUUGGGAAGUGACCUGGAAGACUUCGUGGUUGUUUUUGUUGGGGAGCUCACCUGGAAGACUGGUUUAGAAGAUGUUUUGAUUGUAUCUUUAUGUAUUUUGGGGGAGCGCACAAGACUUCGUGGUUAUUUCUGUUUUUGGAGAAGAUGUUUUGGUUGUAUCUUUAUGUGGAGUAGAUGUUUUGGAGAAGAUGGUUCUUUUUGUUUUUGGAGAAGAUGUUUUGUUUGUAACUUUUGGUUUUCAUCAUACCAAGAUAUGAUGAGGGACUAUGGGAAAGUUUGUGGUUUCAGCAGGAUUUCUGACCAUACGAUAUUUGUGGUUUCGUCA